GACGUAGAUGGCAAAGGAAAAAAAGGGCACAACUACCAUGCGCCAUUUAAAUGGCAUAAAUUACCCACUUUGGGAUGAUAUGCAAUGAUCUGCAUAUUUCCACCGAUCGAUUUUGUAUACUACUGGUUUCUGUUCUAAAAUCUUGAAGUCUUUGCAAGGUGGCAAUGAAUAUGGACAAGGUUGUCAUGAUCAUCGUGGACGAGAAAUUCUGCUUCCCUGAAGAGACCCUUCUCACAGUCCGGAAGACCUCCGUCUUCUUCCCCGGUGACGGUUUCAUCGUGUAUGAUCCACAAGGGGUGCUUCUGUUCCGGUUUGACUCGUACGGCCCCGAUUCCAAACCCAAAGACGAGCUCGUUCUCAUGGAUUCCUCCGGAAAAUGCCUCCUCACUCUUCUUCGAAAGAAGCCGAGUCUUUAUCAAAGGUGGGAAGGAUACAGAGGAGACAAAGCAGAUCAUCAAAGCUCGAUUUUUAGUGUAUCUAGAUCAUCCAUAAUUGGACGGUCUAGAUUGAUGAUAGAGGUUCAUGGUGAUGUUUCAGAGGAGUACCAAAUCGAAGGCUCUUUCCCACGUCGAUGUUGUACAGUUUACAAGACUUGUGUGGAGAACGCAUCAAGAAAAUUACCUGUGGCUCGGAUCAAACGAAAAGUGGACCCCUCAACAUGUGUGAUGCUUGGGAAGGAUGUUUUCUUGUUGUGUCUUGAGCCAGGGUUUGAUAGUGCUUUCGCCAUGGGAUUGGUGCUGAUUCUUGACCAAAUGUACGGUGAUGAUGCAAAGCAGGCUGGACCUACGUCCUUAGAAGAUUCAUCUUAAUGAUGAAACUUAAUUAGAUUGUGC